AUGCAAUUCCGCUCGCCUCCAGCCGCUAGGAGCUCCCGGGCGCCGCAGGCAGCGUCCUCCUACGAAGCAGCUGCGCCUGCACCUGGGCAGCCUGGACCCUUGUACCCUGCCCCCGGGGCCUCGCGCGGGAGGCACCCCCGGACACCCCCUGCGGGCCGGGUGGAGGAGGAAGAGGAGGAGGAGGAGGAAGAAGACUUGGACAGCGACCCCCACCCUAUCCAGGACACCUGGCUGCGCUGCUCCCACUUCUCUUUAAGGGAGGUGAAAAGAGCCAGGAGAGCUAUGGGGGGCUGCGAAGUCCGGGAAUUUCUUUUGCAAUUUGGUUUGUUCUUGCCUCUGCUGACAGCUUGGCCAGGGGAAAGCAGUCGCGUCUCCAGCAAUCAAGUCGUGUUGCUUGAUACAACAACUGUACUGGGAGAACUAGGAUGGAAAACAUAUCCAUUAAAUGGGUGGGAUGCCAUUACUGAAAUGGAUGAGCACAAUAGGCCCAUUCACACAUAUCAGGUAUGCAAUGUAAUGGAACCAAACCAAAACAACUGGCUUCGUACAAACUGGAUCUCCCGAGAUGCAGCUCAGAAAAUUUAUGUGGAAAUGAAGUUCACGCUGAGGGAUUGUAACAGCAUCCCAUGGGUCUUGGGGACUUGCAAAGAAACUUUUAAUCUGUAUUAUAUGGAAUCAGAUGAGUCCCAUGGAAUUAAAUUCAAGCCAAGCCAGUAUACAAAGAUCGACACAAUUGCCGCUGAUGAGAGUUUUACCCAGAUGGAUUUGGGUGAUCGCAUCCUUAAACUCAACACUGAAAUUCGCGAAGUGGGGCCUAUAGAAAGGAAAGGAUUUUAUCUGGCUUUUCAAGACAUUGGGGCAUGCAUUGCCCUGGUCUCGGUCCGUGUUUUCUACAAAAAGUGCCCCUUCACUGUCCGUAACUUGGCCGUGUUUCCUGAUACCAUUCCAAGGGUUGACUCUUCCUCUUUGGUUGAAGUCAGGGGCUCUUGUGUGAAGAGCGCUGAAGAGCGUGACACUCCUAAACUAUAUUGUGGAGCUGAUGGAGAUUGGCUGGUUCCUCUUGGAAGGUGUAUCUGUAGUACAGGAUAUGAAGAAAUGGAGGGUUCUUGCCAUGCCUGCAGACCAGGAUUCUAUAAAGCAUUUGCCGGGAAUAUAAAAUGUUCUAAAUGCCCACCACACAGCCUAACACACGUGGAAGCAACUUCUGUCUGUCAGUGUGAAAAGGGUUAUUUCCGAGCUGAAAAAGACCCACCUUCUAUGGCAUGUACCAGGCCACCUUCAGCUCCUAGGAAUGUGAUUUUUAACAUCAAUGAAACAGCCCUUAUUUUGGAAUGGAGCCCACCAAGUGACACAGGAGGGAGAAAAGAUCUCACAUACAGUGUCAUCUGUAAGAAAUGCGGCUUAGACACCAGCAGCCAGUGUGAGGACUGUGGAGGAGGACUCCGCUUCAUCCCGAGACAUACUGGCCUGAUCAACAGUUCCGUAAUAGUGCUUGACUUUGUGUCUCACGUGAAUUACACCUUUGAAAUAGAAGCCAUGAAUGGAGUUUCCGAAUUGAGUUUUUCUCCCAAGCCGUUCACAGCUAUUACAGUGACCACGGAUCAAGAUGCACCUUCCCUGAUAGGUAUGGUAAGGAAGGACUGGGCAUCCCAAAAUAGCAUUGCCCUAUCAUGGCAAGCACCUGCUUUUUCCAAUGGAGCCAUUCUGGACUACGAGAUCAAGUACUAUGAGAAAGAGCAUGAGCAGCUGACCUACUCCUCCACGAGGUCCAAGGCCCCCAGUGUCAUCAUCUCAGGCCUCAAGCCUGCCACCAAGUAUGUAUUUCAUGUCCGAGUGAGGACUGCAACAGGAUACAGUGGCUACAGUCAGAAGUUUGAAUUUGAAACAGGAGAUGAAACUUCUGACAUGACCGCGGAACAGGGGCAGAUUCUCGUGAUAGCCACGGCAGCGGUUGGAGGGUUCACUCUCCUGGUCAUCCUCACUUUGUUCUUCUUAAUCACUGGGAGGUGCCAAUGGUACAUAAAGGCCAAAAUGAAGUCUGAAGAGAGAAGGAACCACUUACAGAAUGGGCACUUACACUUCCCAGGAAUAAAAACCUACAUUGAUCCUGAUACAUAUGAGGACCCAUCCCUAGCAGUCCAUGAAUUUGCAAAGGAGAUUGAUCCCUCAAGGAUUCGCAUCGAAAGAGUCAUUGGGGCAGGUGAAUUUGGAGAAGUCUGUAGUGGGCGUUUGAAGACACCAGGGAAAAGAGAGAUCCCAGUGGCCAUCAAAACUUUGAAAGGUGGCCACAUGGACCGCCAAAGAAGAGAUUUUCUAAGAGAAGCUAGUAUCAUGGGUCAAUUUGACCACCCAAACAUCAUUCGCCUUGAAGGUGUUGUCACAAAAAGAUCCUUCCCGACCAUUGGGGUGGAGGCGUUCUGCCCCAGGUUCCUGAGGGCAGGGUUUUUAAAUAGCAUCCAGGCCCCACAUCCAGUGCCAAGGGGAGGAUCCUUGCCCCCCAGGAUUCCUGCUGGCAGACCAGUAAUGAUUGUGGUGGAAUAUAUGGAAAAUGGAUCCCUAGACUCCUUUUUGCGGAAACACGAUGGCCAUUUCACAGUCAUCCAGUUGGUUGGUAUGCUCCGAGGCAUUGCGUCUGGUAUGAAGUAUCUUUCUGAUAUGGGUUAUGUUCAUCGGGAUCUAGCCGCUCGGAAUAUAUUGGUCAACAGCAACUUAGUGUGCAAAGUUUCAGAUUUUGGUCUCUCCCGGGUGCUGGAAGAUGAUCCAGAAGCUGCUUAUACAACAACUGGUGGGAAAAUCCCCAUAAGGUGGACAGCCCCAGAAGCUAUUGCCUACAGAAAAUUCUCCUCGGCAAGUGACGCAUGGAGCUAUGGGAUUGUCAUGUGGGAGGUCAUGUCCUAUGGAGAGAGACCUUACUGGGAAAUGUCCAACCAAGAUGUCAUUCUGUCCAUUGAAGAAGGUUACAGACUUCCAGCUCCCAUGGGCUGUCCAGCAUCUCUACACCAACUGAUGCUCCAUUGCUGGCAGAAGGAGAGAAAUCACAGACCAAAAUUCACUGACAUUGUCAGCUUCUUAGACAAACUGAUCCGCAAUCCCAGUGCCCUUCACACCCUGGUGGAGGACAUCCUUGUAAUGCCAGAGUCUCCUGGGGAAGUUUCUGAAUACCCUUUGUUUGUCACAGUUGGUGACUGGCUGGAUUCUAUAAAGAUGGGGCAAUAUAAGAAUAACUUCAUGGCAGCAGGGCUUACAACUUUUGACUUGAUUUCAAGAAUGGGCAUCGAUGACAUUAGAAGAAUUGGAGUCAUACUCAUUGGACACCAGAGACGAAUAGUCAGCAGUAUACAGACUUUACGUUUACACAUGAUGCACAUACAGGAGAAAGGAUUUCAUGUAUGAAAGUACUACAAGCACCUGUGUUUUGUGCCUCAGCGUUUCUAAAAUGAAAGAUAUCCUCUAUACUACCGUCUCCUGAUUCUCCGAACAUCAUGUCAGAA